CCGCUCAGUCUUAGCUCAGGCGCCAAUCCCCCACCAAAACCUUCCUCCCGUUCCACCUCGGCCUCUCCUCUCCCAUCCCCACCGCCGCCGCGCGCGCGAUCCCUCCCGCCGGCGACCCGCUCCGUCAGCCUCUCCUCCCGUCGCCGUCGCGCCCCCUGAGCUCCAGGUCCCCGCGAAGGCGCCACCCGCAGCGCAGCCACCGUCGGCCUCGUCUCGUGGUCCCUUCCAUCACCGAUGCAUCAGGAGGCUGAAAUGCUGUCAUACCUACCAAGAAGUAGAAAAGAUGAAAAAAGAUAGAGAAAAGUCUGUGUAGGAUACAAGAAAUAUAUCAUGAAAAUAGCAUCAUAUCUCCGCAUCAGAAAAUAGAGAUAUCUGACAAAGGGUUCUGUCAACUGUAUGCCGUCCACGAAAAAUCAAAGGUAUAUAUAGGUGUGAUUGUGCCUGUUUUCCUCUGCAUUAACUUGGACUCUACCGUUGUUUGUACCCACCGCACGAUGAUUUUGUGUGGUUGCGAUGUUGCUAUCAGAACACAUUAAAACGUUUUUUUGUAAAUGCUGCUUCAGUGAGUGUACUGUGUAACCAAGAAUAUCUCAUCCAUCCUGUUGAUAGCCAUUACUUUCCUGGUCGACGGUAUGGCUUUGAUAUGGUAACUUUGGCCCUUCUGUAAUACUUCCUCCAUCCCAAAAUAAGUGUCUCAACUUUGUACUAUCUUUAGUACAAAGUUGUACUAAGCUUGAGACACUUAUUUUGGGACGGAGUAUUACUUUCCUGACGCUAUAAAUUUUACAGUCUCUCAUGAAGAUGUGUUCUACUGCUUCGUAUAAACCGAAUCAGCGCCCGACGCAAGGCCAUCCUGAAGGGGUCCAUGGUCAAGGAGGUUAUGGUUCUGUAUUAGCCUCCUUGGAUUCUUGGUCGUUGUGGAUAUGUAUAGGCGACUUGUUCAAGCAUAGAUAUUAAUUUGAUCCUGCCGUCCAAUGUAUACAUACAUAUAUACAUAUGCGUAGCAGGCUGUCCAGAUCUAAGCACACGCUCUGCAGGCUGCCCACAUCACAAGACUUGUUCCUACCUAACCCAUGUAUAUACAUACAUACAUGACACUAUGGCAGGAUCUCACUAUAAAUACUAGCCUCCAUUAUUGUUUAGAGAUCGCAGUUGAAGCAGCACAGCAACCAGUUCCCAAAGCUUGACAGCCAGCACGUUCCUACCAGUGUCAACACUGCUUGGUAACUCGUUUCAGUACGGUGAAAACGGAAAUAGACAAUGGUGGCCAUUCGUGUGCUGCUCCUUGCAGGAGCUCUCUUGGCCUUUGCAUGCUCACAGCAUGGCGUCGCCGCCUCCGACCCCAGCCUUCUCCAGGACUUCUGUGUCGCGGACAAGGUGUCUCAAGUGCGUGUCAACGGGCUGCCUUGCAAAGCUGCGAACGAAGUUGUCGCCGAGGACUUCUUCUUCUCCGGCCUCCAUAUGGCCGGCAACACGGCCAACAAGCAGGGCUCGGCGGUGACCGCCGUCAACGUCGCGCAGAUCAGCGGGCUCAACACCAUGGGCAUCUCCCUCGUCCGCAUUGACUAUGCGCCAAAUGGCCUCAACCCUCCUCACACCCACCCGCGCUCCACCGAGAUCUUGACCGUGCUAGAGGGUUGCCUCCACGUCGGCUUCGUGACCUCGAACCCUGAGAACAGACACUUCACCAAGGUUCUCGCCAAGGGAGAUGUGUUUGUGUUCCCCAAGGGCCUCGUCCAUUACCAGUUCAAUAAUGGGAAUACUCAUGCGGUGGCCAUCGCGGCGCUGAGCAGCCAGAACCCUGGAGUGAUCACGGUAGCCAACGCAGUGUUUGGAUCGGAGCCUGCCAUCUCAGAUGAUGUUAUUACCAAGGCCUUCCAGGUGGAGAAGAACACGGUAGAUUGGAUCCAAGCACAGUUCUAAAAAGUCUUGUGUUGCGGCGUUUGUUUGUUUGUUUGUUGAAGUACUAUUUUAUCUUUAGCUUCAUUUGGAUUGCAUUGCAUGUUCUUCAUAAGUAUUGUAAGUUGAGGAUUUUUAAUCCUCAUGUGUAUGUUCUUUACCUAUGUAACAUUGAUGUAUUGUGGUACACACCUCUAUUUGUUUAUU